UGACAGAGGUGCCCUGAACUGCAAGAAAUUCAACUACAGCAGUAUUUUCAGUAAUACGCUCCAACGCUGUCAUGUCACUGGGCAUCCUGACUCUCUGCUUGCUGGUUUGUUUUCACUCUGGCAUAAAUGCAUACCCAGUCAAGCCUGCCAAUCCUCGGGAAGGUGCACCACCUGAGGAGCUUGCCAAAUAUUAUUCUGCACUGAGACAUUACAUCAACCUCAUUACAAGACAGAGGUAUGGAAAAAGAGACACUCCGGACACACUGUUUUCAGACGUGUUGAUGAGGGAGAGCACAGAGAGUGUUCCUGGAUCCAACUAUUUCAGAUAUGAUGAGCUGCCAUUGUGGUGAUGCUGAUGGAGCUGUCGCGCCCAGACUGACUUUACCAUAAAGCUGCCACCGUAUCAGUUACUGCCAUGAAAUCAACUUGUCUUGCAUGAAAUAAACACUGUGUAGAGAAACUA